AGAGCUAAAUAAUGUCUGACCGGGGCGCAAAGCGCAGCCUGGAGCUCCGGGUCCCAGCCGCUGCCGCCGCCGCGCCCGGGCGCACCCGCCCGCUCGUUGUCCCGCGCACCCGGUAGCGCCUCGGGCUCCCGGGCCGGACAGAGGAACCGGCCCGGUGCGCCUCCCAUCUCCUGCUCGGGGAGCUUUAAUGAGACACUUGAAUGCAGCUGCCACCGCUGCUGUGGGGCCGGCGGGGAGCAGCACCGCGACGGGGACCCGGGCUGGGCUCUGGAGCCAGAAUCGGAACCACGAUGUGACUCCGCCGCCGGGGACCCGUGAGCUUUGUGUGGACCCCGAGUUCCACCAGGUGAGAAGAGUGAUGACCAUCCUUUUCCUUACUAUGGUUAUUUCAUACUUUGGUUGCAUGAAGGCUGCCCCCAUGAAAGAAGCAAACAUCCGAGGACAAGGUGGCUUGGCCUACCCAGGUGUGCGGACCCAUGGGACUCUGGAGAGCGUGAAUGGGCCCAAGGCAGGUUCAAGAGGCCUGACAUCAUUGGCUGACACUUUUGAACACGUGAUAGAAGAGCUGUUGGAUGAGGACCAGAAAGUUCGGCCCAAUGAGGAAAACAAUAAGGACGCAGACUUGUAUACGUCCAGGGUGAUGCUCAGUAGUCAAGUGCCUUUGGAGCCUCCUCUUCUCUUUCUGCUGGAGGAAUACAAAAAUUACCUGGAUGCUGCAAACAUGUCCAUGAGGGUCCGGCGCCACUCUGACCCUGCCCGCCGAGGGGAGCUGAGCGUGUGUGACAGUAUUAGCGAGUGGGUAACGGCGGCAGACAAAAAGACUGCAGUGGACAUGUCGGGCGGGACGGUCACAGUCCUUGAAAAGGUCCCUGUAUCGAAAGGCCAACUGAAGCAAUACUUCUACGAGACCAAGUGCAAUCCCAUGGGUUACACAAAAGAAGGCUGCAGGGGCAUAGACAAAAGGCAUUGGAACUCCCAGUGCCGAACUACCCAGUCGUACGUGCGGGCCCUUACCAUGGAUAGCAAAAAGAGAAUUGGCUGGCGAUUCAUAAGGAUAGACACUUCUUGUGUAUGUACAUUGACCAUUAAAAGGGGAAGAUAGUGGAUUUAUGUUGUAUAGAUUAUAUUGAGACAAAAAUUAUCUAUUUGUAUAUAUACAUAACAGGGUAAAUUAUUCAGUUAAGAAAAAAAUAAUUUUAUGAACUGCAUGUAUAAAUGAAGUUUAUACAGUACAGUGGUUCUACAAUCUAUUUAUUGGACAUGUCCAUGACCAGAAGGGAAACAGUCAUUUGCGCACAACUUUAAAAAGUCUGCAUUACAUUCCUUGAUAAUGUUGUGGUUUGUUGCCGUUGCCAAGAAUUGAAAACAUAAAAAGUUUAAAAAAAAUAAUAAAUUGCAUGCUGCUUUAAUUGUGAAUUGAUAAUAAACUGUCCUCUUUCAGAAAACAGACACACACACAGACACAACAAAAAUUUGAACCAAAACAUUCCGUUUACAUUUUAGACAGUAAGUAUCUUCGUUCUUGUUAGUACUAUAUCUGUUUUACUGCUUUUAACUUCUGAUAGCGUUGGAAUUAAAACAAUGUCAAGGUGCUGUUGUCAUUGCUUUACUGGCUUAGGGGAUGGGGGAUGGGAGGGGUAUAUUUUUGUUUGUUUUGUGUUUUCUUUUUUGUUUGUUUGUUUUGUUUUUUAGUUCCCACAGGGAGUAGAGAUGGGGAAAGAAUUCCUUCAAUAUGUAUUCUGGCUGAUAAAAGAUACAUUUGUAUGUUGUGAAGAUGUUUGCAAUAUCAAUCAGAUGACUGGAAAGUAAAUAAAAAUUAAGGCAACUGAACAAAAAAUGCUCACACUCCACAUCCUGUGAUGCACCUCCCAGGCCCCGCUCAUUCUUUGGGCAUUGGUCAGAGUAAGCUGCUUUUGACGGAAGGACCUAUGUUUGCUCAGAACACAUUCUUUCCCCCACUCCCCCUCUGGUCUCCUCUUUGUUUUGUUUUAAAGAAGAAAAAUUAGUUGCGCGCUCUGAAAUAUGUUACCACUGCUGUGAACAAGUGGACACAUCGUGUCACAUCAUGACACUCAUAGUAUAAGCAUGGAGAACAGUGAUUUUUUUUUUUUUUUAGAACAGAAAACAACAAAAAAUAACCCCAAAAUGAAGAUUAUUUUUUAUAAGGAGUAAACAUUUGCAUAAAUCAUGGUAAAGCUUAAAAAAACUCAUGGUAAGGCUUAACAAUGUCUUGCAAGCAAAAGGUAGAGCCCUGUAUCAACCCAGGAACACCUAGAUCAGAACAGGAAUCCACAUUGCCAGUGACAUGAGACUGAACAGCCAAAUGGAGGCUAUGUGGAGCUGGCAUAGCAUUUACCAGCAGUGCGGGAGGAAUUUCUGAGUGGCCACCCCAAGGUCUAGGUGGAGGUGGGGCAUGGUAUUUGAGACAUUCCAAAAGGAAGGCCUCUGAAGGACCCUUCAGAGGUGACUCUGGAAUGACAUGUGUCAAGCUGCUUGGACCUCGUGCUUUAAGUGCCUACAUUAUCUAACUGUGCUCAAGAGGUUCUCGACUGGAGGACCACACUCAAGCCGACUUAUGCCCUCCAUCCCACCUCUGGAUAAUUUUGCAUAAAAUUGGAUUAGCCUGGAGCAGGUUGGGAGCCAAAUGUGGCAUUUGUGAUCAUGAGAUUGAUGCAAUGAGAUAGAAGAUGUUUGCUACCUGAACACUUAUUGCUUUGAAACUAGACUUGAGGAAACCAGGGUUUAUCUUUUGAGAACUUUUGGUAAGGGGAAAGGGAACAGGAAAAGAAACCCCAAACUCAGGCUGAAUGAUCAAGGGGACCCAUAGGAAAUCUUGUCCAGAGACAAGACUUCGGGAAGGUGUCUGGACAUUCAGAACACCAAGACUUGAAGGUGCCUUGCUCAAUGGAAGAGGCCAGGACAGAGCUGACAAAAUUUUGCUCCCCAGUGAAGGCCACAGCAACCUUCUUCCCAUCCUGUCUGUUCAUGGAGAGGGUCCCUGCCUCACCUCUGCCAUUUUGGGUUAGAAGUCAAGUUGGGAGGCUGAAAUAGUGGUUCUUGGAAAAAUGGAUCCCCACUGAAAACUAGUGCUCUAAGCCCAUUCAGCCCAUUUCACACCUGAAAAUGUUAGUGAUCACCACUUGGACCAGCAUCCUUAAGUAUCAGAAAGCCCCAAGCAAUUGCUGCAUCUUAGUAGGGUGAGGGAUAAGCAAAAGAGGAUGCUCACCAUAACCCAGGAAUGAAGAUACCAUCAGCAAAGAAUUACAAUUUGUUCGAUCUUUCUUUUAGAGCUAGUCUGUCUUUCACAGUACCAUCUGAAUACCUCUUUGAGAAGGAAGACUUUACGUAGUAUAACUUUGUUUUGUGUUAUUUGAAAAUAUUAUUUUUGUAAUUAUUUUUAAUAUGUAAGGAAUUCUUGGAAUAUCUGCUGUAUGUUAACUUUAUGCAUCUUUCUUUUGAGGGACGAAUUUAAAACAAACCCCCAUCACAAUCUUAAAGGAUUGCAAGGGCCAGAUCUGUUAAGUGGUUUCAUAGGAGACACAUCCAGCAAUUGUGUGGUCAGUGGCUCUUUUACCCAAUAAGAUACAUCACAGUCACAUGCUUGAUGGUUUAUGUUGACUUAAGAUUUAUUUUGUUAAAAUCUCUCUCUGUUGUGUUCGUUCUUGUUCUGUUUUGUUUUUUAAAGUCUUGCUGUGGUCUCUUUGUGGCAGAAGUGUUUCAUGCAUGGCAGCAGGCCUGUUGCUUUUUUAUGGUGAUUCCCAUUGAAAAUGUAAGUAAAUGUCUGUGGCCUUGUUCUCUCUAUGGUAAAGAUAUUAUUCACCAUGUAAAACAAAAAACAGUAUUUAUUGUAUUUUAGUAUAUUUAUAUAAUUAUGUUAUUGAAAAAAUUGGCAUUAAAACUUAACCGCAUCAGAAGCCUAUUGUAAAUACAAGUUCUAUUUAAGUGUACUAAUUAACAUAUAAUAUAUGUUUUAAAUAUAGAAUUUUUAAUGUUUUUAAAUAUAUUUUCAAAGUACAUAAAA